AGCCGGGAGCCGGCGCUGCACCUGCAGUAGGUUCCACCGCAGUUAGAGUUCCGGGUAGUGCGUGUGAGGCGGAGCUCGGCAGUUCCGUCUGUUUCAUCUGCAGCGUCUCCCUGUCUGUCUCGUUGCAUUUUCCAGAGAGGGACGGACCUCCACUUCCUCUGUCAGAAAAAUGUCUGCUCCAGCUCAGCCACCCGCUGAAGGGACAGAAGGGGCUGCCCCAGGUGGGGGCCCUCCUGGUCCUCCCCCUAAUAUGACCAGUAAUAGAAGACUACAGCAAACCCAGGCACAAGUGGAGGAGGUGGUGGACAUCAUGCGUGUGAAUGUGGACAAGGUCCUAGAGAGGGACCAGAAGCUGUCCGAGUUGGAUGACCGGGCUGACGCCUUGCAGGCUGGAGCCUCACAAUUUGAGAGCAGUGCCGCCAAGCUGAAAAGGAAGUACUGGUGGAAAAACUGCAAGAUGAUGAUAAUGCUGGGAGCGAUCUGUGCCAUCAUCGUGGUAGUUAUUGUAAUCUACUUUUUUACUUGAGAAUGUGCCAUCUCCUCCCUGUUCUCCAUUGCCAUCCAAGCUCAUGUCUGUUUCUCUCUGUUUGCCCGCUCAACCAACUCCUCCGUCUACCUUUCCCCAGUCUAGCCCGGGCUUC